UCUGAAUCAACCCUCUCAGAAUUGUGCUUCAUUCAUCUUUACUGUUCUCCAUACAAGAAAGAAGCACAAAAAUAAAAUGUAAAAGCCUAAAAGGAACUGCGUGACGUAGGUGUUCCAAUGAAAAUCCGAUCAAAAGAGGAGAAUUUGAUUAUGACGUAUUCUAGCUUUUGGGAAAGCUAACCCCAUGGCAGGUCAGGGUAUUUUGUUGGGUAGAGUGUCAGGGAUUAGUAGGUGUUGAACAGGUGAGAUCUUAAAUUUCACUCCUCCCAAGAGUCCAGAAAACCCACGUACGAUCUUGGCUCGAGUUGGAACGUUAAUGUGUCCAAAAAUUUCAUCAGAUUUUCAUCUACUAAUAAUAAAGGUGGCACUAGUAUGACCCUGGUUGAAGCAUUCCAGAAUAAGCUACAGUCAUGGAAAGAGUCGAUUUCUUCCUGCACCAAGGCUGAUGAAGAUGAGAAAGGCAGAAAGACUUAUAACCAUGCAGGAAUCCCUCUGGCCACAAAGCUGUGCUAUGCUAUUGGAGGAAUUCCAUAUCAGGCAAUGAACAUUACCCUGGGCUUCUCCUUCCAGAUAUUUCUACUGGAUGUAGUGCAAAUGGAAGCGUUCUAUGUCUCUCUGAUCUUGUUUGUCACUCGGGUGUGGGACGCAGUAACCGACCCUCUCAUUGGGUACCUGGUGAGCAAGAGUGGGCGGACCCCAAUAGGCAAGCUCCUCCCUUGGUCAGUUUUGUCCAUGCCAAUGGGCAUUCUGUCUUAUGUCUUCCUCUGGUUCAUCCCACAUGCUGCAGACAGCUCCUCAGUUGGUGUGCCCUGGUACCUCAUCAUCAGCUGUCUCUUCGAGACUCUAAUGAGUUGCUAUCAUGUCCCGUAUAUGUCACUUAAUAUGUUUCUGGGAGGAAGCGAGAGGGACAGAGAUUCAGCCACAGCCUACAGAAUGAGUGCGGAGGUGUUGUCGAUGCUGCUGGCUGCUGUGAUGCAGGGGCAGGUGUUGAGAGUGUACAACACAGAAAGAGAGAACUCCUGCAUGGACACGGACAAUAGCGUCGAGUUCACAUUCAGCACCCCGUCUCCUUCCGUUUCUUCUCUACAGAACACGCGAGCCGCCUUCAUGACUUCGGCUCUGAUCCUGGGCGCGCUCUUUUUCCUCUGCUGUAUGGUACUCUUACUGGGAGUGAAAGAACUAAGUGGGCCUGCAGGUGUUGAGAUAGAGAGGCGCUCGUCAUACCGUGCUGAUCUGAAGAAACUGGUUGGCCACGUCUCAUAUCAGCGCCUGGUGCUUGGCUUCCUGUUCACUUCUAUCGCGUUCCAGAUGGCUUUAGGAAACUUUGCAUUGUUCUGCAUCCAUGUGGCAGGAUUGGGAGCUCAGUUCCAGUAUCUCAUGUUGGCUAUACUGGUUUCAGCUACGGUGUCAGUGCCCAUGUGGCAGAUGGUUCUAUUGAGAUUGGGAAAGAAGAAAACUCUCUUUAUCGGCCUACCUAUCUUUAUUCCUGUUAUGAUAGUCCUAGCGUCUGUCUCCGAAAACUUCCCAGUCUACAUGAUCAUGUGCAUUCUGGUUGGCAUCAGUGUAGCUACACUCUUCUUGUUACCAUGGUCCAUGUUGCCAGACGUGGUGGAUGAGUUCAUGGUUGCGAACCCUUGCUGCAGGGCGAUGGAGCCGCUGUUUUUCUCCUGCUCCUGCUUCUGUAACAAGCUUGGAGGAGGUCUCUCUGCUGGCAUAUCCACCAUGACACUACACCUGACAGGUUAUAAAACAGGAGCAUGCAGCCACAGCGGAGGAGUUAUCUUGGCAUUACGCCUGCUUUUGGCACCGAUUCCCAUCGUCCUACUGCUGGUGGGUCUGGUCUUCUUCUAUCUCUACCCCAUCAAUGAAAUGCAGCGAGUGAGCCUCCAAAAAGACCAGGAAGAAAUGAGAGUCAAGUCCCAAAAUAAUCACGAUGUCACAAUAUCCACUUCAUCCAGUGUGAAAUAUUCUACUUCCCAGCCGAGAGGAUUUCCCUCAGCUUCUGCGCAAGAGCACUGCACUGCAGAUCAUAACGCUAGCUUAGACUGCAUGUUGGAGCGGCCAUUUUAUAAACCAAAAUGGAGGUCGAUAAGCAACACGGCUGUAUCUCAAAUCAGUAUAUAUCAGUCUUCACCGAACAGUAAUGAGACACGCUCAAAGAGAGAGGUAGUCACAUGGGUGUAGCAUAAGAGAGAGAAAAGAGAGGGUAUAGUAUCCAUUAAACUGUUCAAAUUUUAUGACUGGUCAAAUUCAUCUAGAUAAUGAUGUCCCACGUGACACACUGUAAAUAAAUAAAUAAAUUGUUGAGAAAAACAAGGCGACUUGAUGCAGUUGUCUCAACAACUAUUUUAUAGUUCUUCUCAGCAACAAUAAAUUGUUUAGCCAACCUAAAUUUCUUUGUCCAUGCAAUGUUGAUUGUCUUAUUUUACUAAUAAAGGCAUUCUUGUCACAGCAACUG